UUUUGCCUUUCGUAAUUCCUCGCGUCUAAUUACAUUGCCAAGCACGGAAUUACGUUCCAAGACAAGACUAACCGUGGUGAUUGACCAUGUCGACGGCCAUGGAGGUAGCCGGCGUUGCGAGUUCUUCUCCUGCGCCGCAAUUUGCGUGCUUGCCGCCUUCGUGCUCGGAGUUUGCCGGUCAAAACAACGACGUGGGUAGCGUUCUUGGCCUUGGGUUCUUGGCGCCGUUCAUCGCUGGCAUAGCCUCAGGGGGUGAUUCCUUGGCCCCCGAUGACGGCUUGAGGUGGACCCAGCUAGUCUCCGAUGUGGUGAUUGGUCUGGGGUGUUUACUCAUGUCGCUGACGAUCGUGUCGUAUGGGCGACAUACGCCGCCUCUGAGUGCGGGUGCGCGCCGAGUGGUUUUCGCCGUUGAGCAUCUUCGGCAUGAAUUGUACGACUUCCGUACACAAGAGGAGUUUUGCAAGAAUUUGCGAUUGCUUUGCAAUGACAUACACGACUCUUUGGAUCGCGAUACGAUUAUAAUGACGGCCUUGGAGGGAUUGACUAAGGUCCUAUCGCUGUCUUGUUCCGUGUUCGUCGCCCCAUCGACGUCCGACAGUGAUGAGUUGGCUAUCACUCAUGAAGCUCGGGCCGACGAAAUGGAUCCGUCAACAGGACAUGUCGCCUCUGUUGACAGGAGAAUGGUUAAGAGGGUGGUGCCAAGGAACGAUCCAGUGGUACAAGAGGCUCUCAGUGAGCAACGAGCAAUCACGGUGAGCACUUCGGACAGUGUACUGCACCGUUACGACGCCGUACCUCAUUUAAUUGAUCCACAAAGUUCUGCAGCGUUGGGAAGCUCUGCACGCGCGGGAAUGUCUGCGGCUUUGGGAUGCUCUGCGGCUCCUGGAAUUCCUCUCCAUCGCGGAGGUUCCCGUGCUCCAGGACGUUCUUUUGCUAGACGUUUGUCAUCAACGCAGGAAGAGGAUCUGAUAGCCGCAGCGCGUAUUCGUGUGAGAUUGUCGUACCCUAACGGUGCUGAAAAUGCGCUGCCGUCCAGAUCUGAACAAGGAACACGACGGCGUUAUGGAUUUCUGGAGGCGGAAGGUGGUCCCGGAAGAGCGUCGCAGGGAUGCGCGGGGACAGGCGAGAUCAAGCUUCCACAUUCCGAAGGUGGCGGCAUUCCGGCUGUUGUGAGAGAUAGAGAGUGGCAGAUGCAGAGCGGCAGCAGCUCGAUUGCCAGUACAAGUGUUGAAAGUGGCGCUGGUUUUGUGGCUGUUCCACGAACCUCGCGGACGGGAGCUCCGGCUGGAUUUUCUGAGUCUAUGGCCGCCGAGAGACAGACCGGAGCUCAGUCGCGAUCAUCGUCUCAGUCUAUGGGUUGGAACAGGCCGAGGGUCUCACUGUGCGGCAGACCGGAGAAGAGGGAGAACCGUACGCCGAUCACGGACGCUGCUUCCGGAGGUCCUUCCUGCGAAACGUCAGGUUUAGAGGUGCCGCCGUCGUCAUCGGGGUCCGCCCAACCUGUAGGGGGGUCAAAAAGUCAGAGCGUCUCGGAAACUGGGAUUGUUGAGAUAGAAGAGGAAGCUACGUAUGAGGGGAAGAAGGAUGACCAAGAUUUGGCGAUGGCGGCCGCAGCGGAGGAGGGGAUCUCGAAUGAGCGUGCUGGGCAAGAUGCCCGAGCGAGGUUCUUAUUGGCGUGUUGGUAUUCGUGCUGCCCGCUGGCAGAGGAAGGAAGUGGCACGGUUCCGAUCUCGCUUUGAUCGACAAAGUGCGCGACCAAUUGGAGGUGUCUUUGUCUCAUGCUGCCGUCGUUGACGUCACGCAUGCAAACAUGAUCAGAAUAGCCGAGGCCUGUGAUGGCCUUCGCGAAGCCCAGGAGAGGCGUCGAGCUGUCGUCAAGAGUCAUCACCACUUCCUUGCGGUCAGUUUCUCACCUCUUGCCCCUAUAAUACUGUGUGUCUGGAUCGCCUAAGCUUAAUUUGAUUUCCAAUU